GCAUAUACUUUCAUUUGGCGUUUCAUCUUAUCAAGGCCGAUGCUAGCUACUCGUCCUUUUCAAAUUAUCUAAGCGAGGGGUGAAUUUUGAGAUAACUCACUAAAGUUCUAGCUCUAGUCUACUCUAUCUCUAAAUCCAAACAACUAAACCAGGACAGACAAAUGCUCGGCCGAAUCUUCUAUCCCGCUCUCCUCGCCGCUCCUCCUCGUCUCCCUCGCUCGUCCUCCCUUUCACUCCCAUCAAGAAUGAAAAAGUUAACUCCAAGCCAAAUGGCAACACUUCUCCUCCUCCUCUCAACCAUCUCUUCUCUCCUACUCAGCUCUACAUAUCUCCCUCUUAUCGAACGAUAUAUCUGUAGCGCUUAUACUCCAUCUUCCUCUCCCCUCUCUUUCGUCUCUUCGAAUCCAUCUGUAUCCUCUGAAGAAAUAUGUAAAUCCCCACGAAUACAAUCACGGGUAGCGGAGAUGAAUGGGAUAUUUCAGUUUUUGAGCUUUCUUCCGGGGAUCUUCUUAGCGGGGCCUUGGGGCUGGAUUGCAGGGAGAUGGGGGAUGAGGAGAGGGGUUGUGGGGUUGGUUGCUGGGAGUGGGGUUUUGGGGGGCGUGUGGUGGGGGUUUGUUUGUUGGAAUUCUGAGACGUGGGAUAUUCGAUGGAUUUAUCUCAUACCGGGUUUUGAUUUGGUGGGUGGAGGAAAAGUGGUUAUGGUUAGUUUGCUGUAUACUUAUAUUGGCGAGGAGACGGAUGCUGAGAGUAAGAAAGGGGGUUUAUCCUCAGCUCUAUAUCGUCUCGUCGCUCUACAACUUUUCAGCAGCUUCACAGCUCUUUCACUCGCUGGUUUUUUGUUGAAGUAUGAAUAUGGUGUUUGGGUUAUCUGUGCGCUUGCGGUUGGAUGUCGGGCUCUUUCCGUUGGAAUUUCGAUGCUUUUACCUUCGGGUAGAGCCGUCGAGUUAAAUACUGAUAGACAAGGUGUAGAAGUGGAUACGAGUAUGGAGAGGAGAAGGUACAGAGAUUUCAUGCAUGAAGACCAGCAAGACAACGAUUCAGGAAUUUCGUCAUCUUCAAUAAAUCACGAUACCUCAUCCGUUUUAUCAACUAACCUUAUGUAUACAAGGAUUUUCCCACAGCAAGCGAAACCAAAAUUCAGCAUCAGUCCGCAAGCUUCGUUCCUAUCCCUAGUUUUUCUCCUCACUUUCUCGCUAAAGAUUAGUAUCCUUUACCCUCAAUUCACUAGCCUUUCGCAAAACCUCCCAUACAAUGUUACGACCACCAUUUACAGUCUUUGUUUAUUAGGCUCUAGCAUCCUACUAAUGUAUCUCCCACAAAUCGUAAAAUUCAUGAAUCGGAGGAGGAAGUUACGAGUCUUAUUCAUCCGCCGCGAAGAAGGAGAGGAAGCUGAAAUCGAGGAAAGAGAAGGGAUAGAAUGUGAAGGGGAAAAUGAUUUCCUGAUUCUAAAAUGGUGCUUGCUGGUUAAUAUCAUGAGUUUGAUACUCUUGGCUCUUCCUACGACAAGAGGAGCGGUGUUCUGGGUGGCGAUUGGAGGAAGUGUGGUGGGGAGUCCGGUGCAAGUUGCUUUGCUUGCUUGGGGGAGUGGAUUGGUUGCAGAUUCUGACUCGGGAGGCGAGCAUGAUUUCGAGGAUGAGAGCCAUCUGAGAGAGGCAGGGUUUAUAUCUACAGCUCGAAGUGUCUUGCAAGAUUUGGAAUCGGAAGUCGGUGGAAUUAAUUGCAAGGGAAAAGAGAGUGGAAGAUCGGAGAUGGAGAAAUUUUAUGUGAGAAUGGGGAUUUUGGAACAAGUGGGGGCUUGUUUGGGGACGGGGGUGUGGAGUUUAGGGUUUGCGAGGGGGAUGAGUGGGAAUGAAGGGUUUGUGAAUUUUGCACGGUGGAAUUUAAAGGGGUGGAUGGAUGAGAAGGGUGGGUUUGUUUUGGCGACGGGUUUGUUGGGGUUGUGUUUGCUGGUUGCGGUAAGAUUGGAAAGGAGGAUUGGGGGUGAGAAUCGAGAGGGAAAGAUUGUGCUUCGGUAAAGUGGAAGGUGCAAGGCAAUGAUUUAUGUGUUAUGAAGUUUGAUGACCAUGCAUUUGUAGUGGUUUUGUCUUGUAUGGGAAAUGAUUUUUAUGAUUACGACCGAAUGAUAUA